AGUCCACAACCACUCCGCAACAAGAAUUUUGUGGAAAUUGGAAAAUAGAGACAAAAAUAAUUAAAUUAUAAACAUUAAAUAAUAAUACGCAGCAGGAGACGAAUAUUACAUAAAAAUAGCCGGUUGAAAUGACGGUACCAAGUCCAUUUGUUUACUGGGCUCAAACUGAUAAAGCCGUAUCGCUCAAGAUAGAUUUGAAGAACGUUGCUAAGCCGGACAUUUCAGUAGUAGAUAACACCAUCAAGUUUGCUGCUAAAGGUGUAGGAGCCCAUGGAGAAAGCCAAUAUGAAUUUAGCCUGGAUUUAUUUUCGCCUGUUAAAUCUGGUGAGAACAAUGAUGGGGCUAUGGUCAGAAUCUUUGAUAAUAGAGUGGAUGUGAUCAUGUCAAAGGAAAAGGCAGCUUGGUGGCCCCGGCUGACGGCACAACCACAGAAACCAGCAUGGGUAAAGAUAAACUUUGACCUGUGGAAGUCAGAGGAUUGUGACAGCGAGGAUGAGACACGGGAUGUGAUGAAAGACUACCCUGGCAUGUACGAUAUGUUGCAGAAGGAGGAAAUUGGCUACAGGAAAGAAGACUUGAAAAAAGUGUACCUAGUGAUAUACAAUCUAUUCCAAUUCAUCGGAUUUAUGUAUAUCCUCGCUGUGAUGGGAGUGAGGUACGCCAAGUUGGAGUAUGAAUCUGUGCCUACCACGUACGAGCAUGUUGGGUCUGCUAUGAAGUUCCUCCAGCUAAUGAUGUUUUUGGAAGUUAUGCAUCCCAUGUUCGGAUAUACUAAGGGCAGUCCACUAAUGGCGUUUAUGCAAGUGGGCGGGCGAGCGUUCGUGUUGUUCGCUAUGAUAGAGGCUGAGCCGCGCAUGCACGCCAAACCCGUCGUGUUCUACCUGUUCCUUGUAUGGAGCACCGUGGAGAUUAUUAGGUAUCCAUUUUAUAUAGCCCAGCUGUACAACAAAGAAAUAUACUUGCUGACAUGGCUGCGGUACUCUAUCUGGAUACCCCUGUACCCACUCGGUAUUCUCUGCGAAUCAAUGGUAGUACUACGUAACAUUCCUUACUUUGAGGAGACAAACAAGUUCUCCAUAGCUUUACCGAACGAAUGGAACUUCGCUUUCCAUAUGCCUACGUUUUUGAGAGUGUAUUUAUUGUUUUUAACUAUACCCGGUAUGUUUAUGGUUAUGUCGCAUAUGACCAAGCUCAGAUCAAAGAAACUGAAACCAAAGAUUGUGAUAAGGAAAUGUAAGUAAGGGUUGUGGCAUAUUAUUAACAUAUUUGUAAGAUGCGUAUAGAGGCCCCCAUAUACGGAGAAGCUAUCUCUCUAUUAAUUAUCCGCAAGGUAUUGCGUAUCUUGCGACAGGCGAUUAAGGGUGAAGCUAAACGAGCGCAAUUUCGAGAGGCGUGAGUCUAGUCUAGUGCUGGUGGUGCUAAACCCACUGCACUGCUAACAGCAGAUAUUGCAGAAAAUCUGUUGUCGAUCAAAGUUACAUUCAUAAACAAAAUACCGCAGGUUUGACUGCAGGUAAUCAGCUGCCUCACUCCGGACAGAAUCAGAAUCCAAUCUAGAAUUGAAUCAGCUCAAGCUCAAAGCUUUUGCUACUUCCGACAUAUUAUAGCGCGAAAUCGUGCUGCGGCUCAAUUUGGAACUAAUUCGACCUCAACGGCUUUUCCCACUCCUGACAGAACUUAUACUAGCGCACGGUCCUGCUGCGGCUCAAUUUAAAACUAAUUAGACUCGUAAAUCGGAAUCAUAUCAGUUUCGGGGGUAAUUGGUAAAGGCGCGUCUGCUGAGGCCCGCGACAGACGCGCGCGGCCGACGACAUGUCUUGAAGUUAAUAUAAUAUGACAAUGUCGCGCGCGUCUGUCGCGGGCCUCGGAAGCGGUGUCAUACAUUUUCAUACAUUGACUAUUGUCGCAAGCGGCCGACGACAGUCGUAGGGCCCGCGCGGCCGCGAGCGAUCGCGAUGCACGGAAUUGUACCUUUAGACUGCUGCUGUCUGUCAACGUCUGUUGCAUAGCUGUCGCAAUAUAUGUAAUUAUCCUGGUUAGUUUAGCCUGCGCCAUUCCGACCAGAUUCAAUCGGUCUCCCCAUGUAUGAGGGCCUUAAGGGAAUACCCAUACAUUCUUUAGGGAGAGGGGUGGAAAGGUUCUGUACGUAGCAUGGGUACAAACUUUGAUGAAAUAUACCUUAGAUAAGACAAAAAAUAAUUAGGUUGUAAGACCCGCCCAGAUAGAAGCAAGAGUCACCUAAUAUACACAUAUGAUAGCUAUAAGAUAGAAGUUAUUCACCAUAACAAAAAAAUGAUUUUGUAACUGACUUAAAUUUAAAUCUAAAGAUGGGGUUCUUAGGUUGGGUUGCACCAACUAACUUUAACUAUAACUGUA